GGCUACUUGACAAAUAUGGCUGCAGUUCUCAAUACAGCCUUCACAAAAACAGAGGACUUUUAUCGCAAUGAGGACAACAAUUGCCCUUACUGCAAUGUUGCCACAGUGGCAACCAGAGACCAUCUGAAUAAGGUCCAUUUAAAAUAUGCAUUGUGCUUCAGCGACAAUGCAGUUGACACUUUUAGCAUACCAUGCCACUGUGAGGUGAAGCUGGCACAAAGGAGCCAUUGGCACUGUCCCAAGUGCCAAUCCAUCAUACAGAGAAAACAUUCUUUUGAAAAUCAUCUGAAAAAACAUGGGUUGAUUCUUCAGAGUAAGACACUCCUCCCAAAAGUUCUCACCUGAGGAAACCAAGUGCCCGUACUGUCCAGGUCCUACACCACCAGACUUGUCCGAGGAGAAAUGUGUCACCAAAAACGCAACAGUUUAUGGCAUUCUUACUGUUCAAAAAGGUGUCCAUGUCUACAUCAAAACGUGCCCUGUCUGCAGAACACCUGUCAGAUUUCAGAAUUACUUGACAGGCUUCCACAAUUACAAUAACAAAGUGUUUCUGACACUUCAGUUAUGCUCUUUCAUGACAAAUUUACUGAGGACCCACACAGCUAUUGGAAGAUUCAUCAGUGCUAUGGAGCAUCAGCUGAAUUUGACAAUCCACAACACCACCAUCCGGAGGGCAUUUUUUCACUACUCUGCACUUACUGCUUAUGAGUAUGAUUUCUUUUGCUACAAAUGUGGCCACCAUCCCCCAGUGCUAAUAGCAGAUGCCAACUGGAAGCUGUCUUUUGAUGUGCCAGUGAGCACACUGAAGAGGCCAGCUAUCAAAGAAGUCAAGGAUGAAGAUCUUUCAGUCAACAUCACUGCAAAGUGGGACCGACUGGAAAAAGAAAUUAUAGCCAGUGGCAUCUGUGAAGAGUUGAAAGCCCACAACCCGUAUUCAGCGGAGUUGACACACUCCUCUUUUGUGCCGUGGAUGGGACCAGCUACUAGAGUUGGGGAUGUGCUACCGAAGACUGAGAUCCUGAAAGGUUUCAAUAGUAAGGCAACAACAGACCCCAAAACGCAAAAAGAUCGACGCUUCGGUUGAUUGAAUCAAAGAAGGCAAGCAAGAGUGAGCUAAUUAAAGCUUGCUCUGAGCUGGGUGUUCCCACUGAGGGAUCUGAGACUGAUUUGAUCAACCGACUUGAGGAGAUGCUCCUCUACAAGGAUGUUUACCCAAAAAUGUUUGCUAAGCUGCAGAAAACAGGGGGUGGUGUACUGCACAUGGGCUGCUCUCACUCAGUUGUUUAUUACUGCUCCCCACUUCUGUGGCAGGAAAGUGCGAGGGACCACGCAGAUGGUCUGUUAAGCUCUGCAAAACCACCAACCAUUUACAUUUCUGACAUUGCUGGUCGUGUUGCAAGACACACCAACAACAGGACAAAGCAGAGAUUUUUUAAUCCAAAUGAUGGAAGACUUUGCUCGCCUACAAGUGAAAACAUACAGGCAGCACAAGAUAAAAGUCUCAAAGUAAAUCUUCCUUGGAUGAAAAAUCUUUUGUACAGGAGGAAUAACACGAACCCCUGAAAUGAUGUAAAUCCUAAAGAACAUUUGCAAAGGCCACAUCCCAUCACAGGCUCUGCUGAGCGGUACUCUUUGUAUGACCGCUUCCAUCAAAAAAAUCAAACCCAGCCAGAGGAAGUACUCCGCAGCCUCAACCUUGUCCCUGAUUUUGUGCAGUUUUGUCAAUUCCUCAGAGGCAGAACAAAAAAACAGAGAGCUGUCCUUUGACCGGUACUUCCUCUGCCAAAUGAAGGAGACACAUUUCUUGUUUUGUACAAGGUUGGUCUUCCAUUUGCACAACAACAGCAUAAAUCAAAAAUUCAUCAAAAAAAUGGAGACACAAACCAAGGACAAUUUUGAAAUUGGGCCAGAUGGACGGUUGAGGCUUACAAGUACAGUGGUGUCUGCCCUAGGCGUAAAUGUGGAUGUUGAAAUGCACAAUGAGCAAAUUGUGGCCAAAAUGGGCUUCUCAAUAGGGCAGUUCCUAAUCCAGGAAGAGCACAAGGCAAAACUGCUUGAGCUCUACAAGGCACCAGCAACGGACUAUGCCAUUGUUCAGGUGGAACGGGCAUUAGUUUAUGUGGCUGACCUUUUAAGUAUUUGCCCACAAUCUCUCCUAGAGGAUGACCUCUACACCUCGUAUCCAUGGCUUACAGAUGAUGCAGUGAAUGCGAGAGUUCUCCAGCUGACAAGACCUCUGGAGAAUGUGUUUGCUUUGCAAACAUUUCAUUUCACGGCUUGGUGGAGGAGCUGGAUCAAUGGGGAAUCAAUCAGCUCCCGCCAUUUGCAUUGCAUCCAGGGCUUAAAGCAAGAUUCAAAGGUUCUGUUUCCACGAGUCGUUGGCCAUCAAACUCCAGAGACUGGCAAUAAUUUCAUUCUGUGGGUAUUUGAUGGCUCAAAAAAAGAAAUCAGGGUCUACGAUUCCCUUGAAAAGUACACCUUGAUUUCUCCACCUGAUAUGGACAUUCUAAGCCUUGCAUUUCAGAACAUAUGGAGGCUGAAGGAAUGGUCCAUUUCAUAUCCAGACCAGUGGAGAUGGAGAGAUGGCGUCAACUGUGGUGUCUUCGUCUGCACGGCAGCUGAGCGUGAUAUCAAAGGGACAGACAUGAUGAAUGAACCCUUGAACCAAGUCCAGUUGGGGCAUCUCAGGAUGUAUCAUGCAGCCUGCUUGAUUGCCGAUUCUGUUCCUAAGGGGAAGAAAGUGCGUGAGUCUUGCAUGGCAGAGGCAAUUCAUGCCUGCAAUUACUACGACAGCACUGGAAACCAAUGCACCAAGUACCAGAUUCACAGCUUUGUACAGUUCAAAUGUUGGUAGUGUAGUAUCAAUGUAGCAUCUGGAUCUCUGCUGUGAUAUCUUUUUGAAAUUGUAGGCAGUUGUAUCCACAUGUGCAGAAGGAGGACUGGGUGAAAUGCGAGACAUGCAAUGGCUGGCUGCACAAAGACUGUGCCUGUUAUGAGCCCAGUCAGUCAGGCAUUUUCACAUGUGGUUGUGACCUGCCUGAGCCAUACGCCUUCACCAGGUUUGACCAAUCUUCACCCUUCUCCUGCUAAUUUAAUUAAUCAAGCACCUGAAUAUGCAUUACAGUAACUGCUGUGGGAAUUUAGCUGCAUCUUCUAUAAAAGCUCAAGCAGGACAUCAUGGGGUCUUCUAUGUUUUUUUGUUUUUGUUUUUUUUUAAUAUAUACUGCAGCAGUACAUAAACAUUCUCUUCAUCUUCCUCUAUCACUUAGUACACAACAUAAAUGCCUCCUCUUGGUCUAAACAUCAACAUGAAAUCAUGUGUUUGAAUUGAACCUAACCUUGCUUUUAACUGCAUGUUUUAACCAUCUGAACCAUUCAACUGUCAUGAAAUGUAACUUAUAAAUUAAUAAUAAUGAACAAAGAAUACAACUACCAUUCUUUGACAAAUGUGACAUAUUGCACUGUACUUUAUUGCUGCUUAUUUGUUUUUAUGUACUUUGCAGUACUUUGACCUGCCUCAAGAACAAAGGCGUUGAGGGCCUCAUUUCCAAAGGAAGAAUAAAGGUUUUUGUUUAUUCUGGUUAAUUAUAAACAGUAAAUGUUGAACCAGUGUUUAACAAUGUAAUUUUUAAAGGAACUAAAAGAAAUGCUCGACAGUGGGGAGAGGAAAUCCAACAGGAUGUUCCUUUGGCAAAACCCUGGGGGAAACCGUGCCCUGAAAACAAUUCUUAACGGAAAGCCAACAUGUUUCAAUGAGAAACACGUAAGAUUUUUUUUAAAAGUGGUCAUUUUGUCAGAGUGUAUGAACGACUGUUUAUUUACCCUUACU